AUGUCUGGGUCUGGGAGAUCGCGAGACUUGUCAUGCUACUCUGGCAUGACACUGGAAUCUGUGUUGCGUAGCCGCAUAGAGCUCCUCUUCCUUGUCAUGCAAAAACGCAGUUUCUCAUGCGGAGGACGCAAUUCAGAACCACGAAAAAACUUGUCAUGCUUGGCAGCGCAUUACAGCGUGCUCGCUAUUCCUUUCCUUGCAUCACAAGUUUCAAGACCCAGACAUAUUUGCAAUGCAUAA